UCUCUAUGUUGCUGUGCCACUGAAAGAAGCCGAUGGUCCCAAGAUACCACAGACAAGUUUCCCAGCCUGAAGGAGCCUGGUGAGCAGUGCCACUGUGGGACCAAUGAGCUGUCUGUGGAACAGCUGCAGUCUCCAUACCUGCAUCUCCACUGGGAAGAGUCUGGGAACUUCUGCCUUAAUGAACUUCAGACCACACACCUAGCAAAGAGAGAGGAAAACACAGAGCUGGCCCAGUGGAUGGAGAAGAUGGGGUUUACAGUGACAGAACCAGAACUCAUGGAGCACCGGUUUCCCAACCUCCCUGCAGCACCUCAGACACAGGUGAGAGAUAAAAAAACUAAGAGGAAACUUGGAGGAAAUGCCAAAAGUACCAGCUGGCAGUACUUCUGUCCAGCAGCACAGCUGACCCCCCUCAAAGAGGUUCCAACAGGACAGAAGCACAACUCAUUCUUUUCACCCCAACUCAUGGACAGGAACAUCUUUCACAGCUCUCAUCCCAAUUUCUUAUGUGGACCAAAACAGCCUUGUCUCAUCCAGCAGAUGUUCUCUUCAUCAAAGUCCCAUGGACAACUGGACAAAGCCUCUUCUUUCAGUGCUGGGCAAACAGAGCCAGCUUACUGGGACUGGCACCUUCUGUCCCUUGACAUUUGUUACCUUUUGAGGUAAGGCAAAGAGGCCCUGUGGGCAGCCCAGUCUGCUUCAGGCCUCUCUUAAUUGAUUUUCUGUGAAUUUUAAUGAUAAAGCUUCUCAGGGUGCUAGGCUGAGUUCUGAAGGGAACUGGGAUGAUCUGCUUCAAUGAAUGCAGCAUCCUCAAUUUCCCAUUAGUUGCUGACAGCUUCAUGAGGAAAAGUCCUCUUCAUUUGGGACCAGGGGUAUCAGACACA